AUGGGAGUAAAACCCCUACCUAGCCUCAGAGAGGCAUUCUCUGAAGUCCGUCGCGAAGAAAGUCGGAAAAAUCUCAUGAUGGGAUCCCAUCAACAACUGAAUAUGGCAGAAAGCUCGGCUCUUAAGACUCAAUUCGCUCCUUUUGACAACCGUCAAAAAAUUAAAGGAGGUAGACCUUGGUGUGAUCAUUGCAGAAAGCCGGGACACUCAAGAGAAACUUGCUGGAAGAUUCAUGGAAAGCUAGUAGAUUGGAAGCCAUGUCAACCACUUGAGAAAGAAGGACGAGGCAAUCAUGUGGCUACCGAUGAACAAUCACCACAACCUGAAGCUAGCCCUUUUAAUAAGGAGCAAAUGGAGAUGCUUCAGAAACUACUGUCUCCUCUUUUGUCAGUACAGUCACAAACUGGCUCAUCUUCCAACCAGGUCAUUGGUUCCGGAACCUUGGCUCACAAAGGAUUUGGAUUCGGGGAAGACGAUUGGCAAUGCUGAGGAAUGCUCUGGACUCUACAUCCUUAAGGAGCGCCACGAUCCACAAGA